GGAACGGUAUAAAUUUCAAGUGAAAGAAUUAUCAUCCUGCGAACUUUCUUCUUUAAUAUCUUUUAUCCGCUCACAUCUGUAUACUAUAUCAAUAAUUCCAGCUGAGAUGGCAAGUGCAACAAAAAUGGUACAACCAAAACCCCUCUCUGCUUUCAACAGACUAUCACCCUGCGUGUAUCUCUACUCACCCGCCAGCGCCACCGCACCACCCCCGUCUGAUCCAUCCACCAUCCUCCUUUGCAGCUGGAACAAUGCCGCUCCAAAGCAUAUCUCUUACUACACCACCUAUUAUACCAAUCUCUUCCCCCUCUCCCGCAUCGUCCUGUGUACUAUGAAGACUUCUCAGUUCCUUCUCCAAUCCGAAGCUCAACGACGUAAAGACAUCGCUCCUGUUAUUGAUGCUUUAUUCUCCGAAUCAUCUGAUCAAGACGCAAAGUUAUUAGUCCAUUGCAUUAGCAAUGGAGGCGCUAAACGAUUUUACGGAGUCGCUGGGUUAUAUCAAUCUCUGAAACAAAAACCGCUUCCUAUAUCCAGCAUCAUAUAUGAUUCCUGUCCAUCUCUCCCUAGGUUUAAGCGAGAUUUGCACGCGCUUCUUCAUGUGCCUGGUGCCAAACUUCCUUGGUUAUUGUACAUACCCCUAGCGGUUGCUGCUAUUCUAGCUGCGUCGAUAGUGUGCUUUGUCGUACAUUAUAGUCCGCAUUGGAUAUGGAGAGAUCUGGUGAGGGGACCAUUGGAGGGGCUGAAUGAUGAGAAGUUGGUAAGGAAGGAAGCUACCAGGGGGUAUAUUUAUAGCGAGGAAGAUGAAGUAAUUGAGUGGCAAGACGUGGAGGAGCAUGGGGAAGUGGGUUCUCUGAAGGGGUAUAGGGUUGAGAGAAUCAAGAUGGUUGGAGCAAAGCAUGCGCAGAUGUUUAGAGGUGAGAGAGGCGAGGGAGCUUACUGGGGGUUUGUAAGGAAGCUGUGGGUGGACGGAUCAAGAGAGGUCUGAGUGAUGUAAUCCGAGAUACUUGGUAGGUAGCACCACUUCUUGCCAGUAUAGUUGUUGCAGGCAGAUUGUCAAUUCUACACUUCCUAAGAAUAUUUUAAGAGCACAGUGCUGUGGAGCA